CUACUGGCUUACUGCAUCACUGACUCUACCGGUAAAUAAAUAAUCAGGGGGUCGUUUGGCGGAUUGCAGAACAGCUGAAACAGCGAGUAGGGAAGAAAAAGGUUGAAAACUACUUUCAGAGUUCCGACCGGCUGCUGCCGCCGCUACCUGAGGAGAUGGCACUAUUGAUGGAGAAAGGGUCCAAACCCACUACGGAUUCCGAGGUCAGUGACCUUGAAGGUAUCGCCGCUCUCAAACAGUCUACUGCUGUCGAGCUCAAGGAGCAAGGUAACCAGUAUGUAAAGAUGGGAAAGAAACAUUAUUCUGAGGCCAUUAACUGCUACACGAGAGCAAUAAACCAGCAAGCUCUUACCGACUCCGAGACCUCUCUUCUGUACUCAAAUAGAUCCCAUGUUAAUCUACUUCUGGGAAACUAUAGGCGUGCUAUUAUGGAUGCUGAAGAGGCAAUUAAGCUUUGCCCCAGCAAUGUUAAGGCAUUCUAUCGUGCUGCCAAAGCAUCGCUGUCCUUGAAUUUGUUGAGUGAAGCAAAAUCUUUUACCGAGAAGGGACUAGAGCUAGAUUCAAGUAACGUUGAACUGGAGAAACUUGUUAGGCAGAUAAGUGCACUGAAGAUGGAACAGGAUAAGCAACAGGCUGAGAUUAACAAGGCCCUAGCAGUGGCUAAGGAUCUCGUUUCAGCAUUUGGAGACAGAGGGUUGAAGAUGGGCAAAGCUAUGUAUCGAGAACUUACUGGUUUGAAGAAACCUGUGUUAGAUAAGAAUAAGAUUAUGCACUGGCCAGUUCUUUUUCUCUAUGCAGAGGUUAUGUACAGCGACUUCAUUGAAGAUUUCUGUGAGAUGGAUACAUUUUCCAUGCAUCUCGACAUGAUAUCCUUAUCCUCCUAAAAUUGGCUGAUUUUAUCUUGCUUUUUUAUGCUUUAUCGAUCUAUCCAUACAUCAUCUAUGACAUCCUUAGCUUUCAAACAUGUAUUCAGAAAGUAGUCCACCGUUACCCUGGGAUACAGAAAAUAAUUAUACUCGUGAAGAAAUUGAACUUUACUAUGAGGUACACUAUCUAGUGUAGUUUGCUUUGGUCCAUCAUCCUCAACUCUGACUGCCAGUUUCUAACCUUUAUGUCACUUACUCAUCAGGCAGGUUCUGGGGUUUAUCUUCCAGAGACUAAAGUUCUUCAAUAUCUGCUAGAAGGGACAGCUGGUGCUAAUAUCGAGUGUGAAAAAGAAGAGAAGGAUACAAGUGAGCAUGGCUUUUCAAGAGGUUGUAUUCUCUUACCAUCUUUGCUCUUUACUUGCCCUUUGUUUUUAUCAUAACCGUGUGGGCACCUAGAAAUCUACUGCACUAAAACGAUAGAUCCAUGUAGCAUAUUGUCACAUAAAAAUUCUGUUGCCUAGGUGUGUUUUAAGUUUGCUCAAGAGAAAUAGAGCUGCAGGAAUUUAGAAGAAAAUAGAGGAAAUUAGCGUACUUUGACAGAGGUAGGAUGGGGGAAGCACCACCACGCCGUGAUAAGGUCGGGUAACUUACUGUGACAACCUCCUGCCACAAGGAAGACUCUUCUAUAGUUCUGAAAAAUUAUGAAAAUCUGGUAAUUAGAAACUGACAUACAAGCCUUAUUACAAAGAGAGGCUGUUAGCAACAUAGUUGUUUACUAGAACUAGGUAAUGGAAAUUUUGCAUCUUCCUUAAGGUUGGUCAGCAGCUGACUCAGCUCUUCGAGCCUCGAGAGUGUUCUUAACAACAAAACAAGUUGUUUCAUCUCAUCUUAAUUCCCAUAACCACUCAUUGAUUUCCUUCUCACUCUCUUCGUUCCUGAAUGUAUGGUGAUGGUUGUUGCUCAUUUAAAUUGGGCAUAACCUUUUAUUGUGUUACCAAAACGAGAGCUAGAUCUUCGUGGUCCUUGGACUUUUCAUGCUUUAAGUCCUUUCAAUAUUGGUUUGAUCUGCGAGAUUUUAAUUUCCCAAUUUCAAUAAAGCAAAUCAUUCUUGAUGCAAAAACCUUGUUAUCAUUGUUCUCAGGAGACGCCAUUACUAAGUGGGUCAAAGUGCACGAAACGAGAAAGCUUCUUGACGUGAUUCAAGAACCUGGCUUCAUCAUCUCAGAAAUCCCAGGUCUGCUUUAAGCUCCUGGACGAAUGCUUUUCAAAUUAUGUUUUUAUCUUUUGAGUGCUUAAAAUUUUUCUUGCUAGAAGAAUAUCAGAAAGAUUGACCUUUUUGCCGUACUUGUCAGCUGCUCACCCUAUUUGCCUCCUGCACUCUAUGCAGUUUUCUACGUCGUUUCAAAGCGCUCCAGCUUCUAUGAAAAGUUCAAAGCUGGAAAAUGGAGACUUCCCUGAUAUGCUUAGUUUUGCUCAAGAUGGCAAGUAAUGUGGUUUAGAUACACAAUGCGAUGUAAAGAGCUACGAGCGCCAUUGACAGGGACACCCAUGGGACAUUCAUUGCUGUUACCAAGGGACGGGACUCGAUUUUACAAAGAAGAGCACUGUCCAGAAUCCAGAUCCAUUGGCCUCACACAGGGAAACAAGCAUAUCUAUAGGUGCUAGCAGGUGGUAUUCUGUUGUGAUAAUGUAAGGGUUACGAUCGCAACAAAGAACAAUCAAAUGUAGGAAUUUCGUGUUGCCGUCUAUUUGCCUCUAAUCGUUUGACGAUUCGGGAUAAUUGGUUCCAAUUUCCAAACCAGUAGCAUAUCGAAGUUUAAGCUAGGUGAAUCCUUCAUUCCAUGUACUGAGGAAUUUAUGAAAUGAGCUUCAUGGUCUGUGCUCACCGAAAUCAUUUAAGAAUUGUAUGACCAUUUUGAUUACCAGACGAACUUGUGUGACCAUGUUUGACAAAUACCUAGUAUUGGGGAUUGCUAUUCGUCGCUCUAAAACUCAUUAUUCGUCGCCCUAAUUAUGUUAAAUUUACUUUAAUGUCCUCAAUUUAUUUUUGUCUUUCGGAACACUUAAACGCUAAAAUUGAAUCAAUAAAACAAAAUUCUCCAAUACAACCUGUCCGGGCUCGCCGGCUGCGCGGAAUAAGUGUCGCCGAUAGUGACCGAUCAUCUACUUGAACUUCUUGGCCUUUAUCUCCAUCUGGUCACUACUUGGCUGCUUUGUACUUGAAAGAGUUUUCGAUCACUACUUGAACUUGACAGUGAAAGCUUCCCCUGCCUCCCAUUUCCAUUUCCCUUUACUUCUUCCUCUUUAUGCUCCGUCGCCGCCGCUGUGUUUCCAAAAAGCAACAGCCGGUCGGUGGGCUGGGGGAACGGCAGCGGCGGAUUGGGGAAUCGAUGUUUUUACACACUUCAGGCCGGCGAAUUGGGAGAUUCGCAGCGGGUGCCCAGCGCUCGGACACUUCCUCCUGCUUCUUCUUUCUCCUUCCUCAGCAAUUGCACCGGGUCGGUGGAUUUGGGGAAUCGCCACGGGUCGACUUGCUGGGGGAAUGGCCACGGCAGCGAAUCCGGCUGGUGGCAUUCUUUCUCCUUCUCUGCAAUGGUAGCGGGUCAGGCGGUCAGCGGCUGGGGAAAAACAACGAUGGUGGGUUGGGGGAACGGGAGGUGCGGCAGGUUGGGUGAACGGUGGCGGCGACUACCUGAAUUUGGCCUGUGGGAGGAAGUUAGGGGUUGGGGAUCGAUAUUGUAAAUAAGGGUAUAAACGUCAA